ACACACAAGCAGGAAUAUCUCAGAAGGACAUCUAAUGUUAUCCCUGGAUUGUGACAUAACAGAUAAUGACAGUAGACAGGAUUCUCCAGGAGAUAAUCCCAUUACCCCAAUUAUACAUCCAGCUCUAUCAGCUGGUCCCUCUGAUCCUGGGGAAUGUUCUCCUGAUCACUCUGAUAUUGGUGCAUCUGUUACAGCUCUGAGAGUAGAUUCAGUGUUCCCCUGUUCUGUAGAUGCCAAAUGUUUUACACAGAACACAAACCUUAUUACUCAUCAGCCAGCUAAGGCAGGUGACAGGCCAUUUCCAUGUUCUGAGUGUGGGAAAUGUUUUACAUAUAAAUCAUAUCUUGUUAGACAUGAGAGAAGUCACACAGGUGAGAAGCCGUAUUCCUGUUCUGAGUGUGGGAAAUGUUUCACAUAUAAAUCAGCUUUUGUUACACAUCAGAGAAGUCACACAGGUGAGAAGCCGUAUUCCUGUUCUGAGUGUAGGAAAUGUUUUGCUACAAAAUCAUUUCUUGCUACACAUCAGAGAAGUCACACAGGUGAGAAGCCGUAUUCCUGUUCUGAGUGUGGGAAAUGUUUUGCACAGAGAUCACAUUUUGUUAUUCAUCACCAUACUCACACAGGUGAGAUGCCAUUUUCCUGUUCUGAGUGUGGGAAAUGUUUUGCAUGUAAAUCAGUUCUUGUUACACAUCAGAGAAGUCACACAGGUGACAUGCCAUAUUCCUGUUCUGAGUGUGGGAAAUGUUUUUCAUCGAAAUCACAUCUUGUUAGUCAUCAGAGAAGUCACACAGGUGAGAAGCCAUAUUCCUGUUCUGAGUGUAGGAAAUGUUUUGCACGGAAACCAGCUCUUGUUAUACAUCAGAGAAGUCACACAGGUGAGAAGCCGUAUUCCUGUUCUGAGUGUGGGAAAUGUUUUGCACACAAAUCACAUUUUGUUAUACAUCAGAGAAGUCACACAGGUGAGAUGCCGUAUUCCUGUUCUGAGUGUGGGAAAUGUUAUUCAUCGAAACCAGAUCUUGUUAUACAUCAGAGAAGUCACACAGGUGAGAAGCCAUAUUCCUGUUCUGAGUGUGGGAAAUGUUUUGCAUGGAAAUCACAUCUUGUUAUACAUCAGAGAAGUCACACAGGUGAGAAGCCGUAUUCCUGUUCUGAGUGUGGGAAAUGUUUUGCACACAAAUCACAUUUAGUUAUACAUCAGAGAAGUCACACAGGUGAGAAGCCAUUUUCCUGUUCUGAGUGUGGGAAAUGUUUUUCAUCGACAUCACAUCUUGUUAUACAUCAGAGAAAUCACACAGGUGAGAAGCCAUUUUCUUGUUCUGAGUGUGGGAAAUGUUUUGCACGCAAAUCACAUUUUGUUAUACAUCAGAGAAGUCACACAGGUGAGAAGCCAUUUUCCUGUUCUGAGUGUGGGAAAAGUUUUGCACGCAAAUCACAUUUUGUUAUACAUCAGAGAAGUCACACAGGUGAGAAGCCAUUUUCCUGUUCUGAGUGUGGGAAAUGUUUUUCAUCGACAUCACAUCUUGUUACACAUCAGAGAAGUCACACAGGUGAGAAGCCGUAUUCCUGUUCUGCGUGUAAGAAAUGUUUUGCACGGAAAUCAGAUCUUGUUACACAUCAGAGAAGUCACACAGGUGAGAGGCCAUAUUCCUGUUCUGAGUGUGGGAAAUGUUUUGCACGGAAAUCAGUUCUUGUUAAACAUCAGCGAUUUCACAGAUGAGAAGCCAUUUUCAUGCUGUGAGAGAAAUAAAUCCGCUCUUGUUGAACAUAUUAGACAUUACCCAAGUACGAAACCAUUUAAAUCUUCUGGAGCAUAAUUAUCACUGUCAUGCAAUGUUCCUCAAGGGUGAAUCCGAUCUCUUAUGCUUUAUAAAAUAUACAUGCUACCACUGGGUGAUAUAAUCAGACGUCAUGGCCUGGUCUACCACUGCUAUGCUGAUUACCUGCUUUUUGCACCAGGUACUGAGAACCUAAUACCAAUCCUAAAUGGUUGUCUAGCUGAGCGCCAGGGGUGGAUGAUGCCAGUUGGCUGUGACUCAGUCUUUGUGACACAUAAUAGAAGCUCCUCAACAAAGGACAAGACUACAGCUUUACCAACCAUCUGGAUUUAUGCUUUGGUGUUCAGAAUUGAAAAUACUGAACAUGUGCUGAAUCUUUGUGUUGUCCUGGUAUGUGGCUGACACAGACAUCAGGUAUCCGCCACAUACAAAUCCUCAUUCUUCCAUCUGUGGACCAUAGCCAGAAUCAAGCACUUGAUUCCCUCAGAAGUUCAUAAACUACUGCAAUUCCAUCUAACUGGGUCACCCAGCAAAAGAAUUACAGAGCUUGCAGCUAGUACAGAAUGCAGCAGCCAAGCUGUUACCGGACCAGCCCGUUCCUGCCACAUAACACCCAUUCUCUACUCCCUUCACCGGCUGCCUGUAAGAUGACAAAUCUGUUUCAUAAUUGGCUAACUGACCUUCCCAGACCAACAUUACAUGGUCCAAGGUACUAGAAGCAGCUUCUGCCUCCUUACUGCCCUGCUUGCUUCUACAGAUGAAGGACUGUUACCAGCAGUACCAAGAAUCUCCUGUCAUUCAUUUAUGGGUUGAAUGUUUAGCUUUGUAGCCCUGACCAUGGAACUCACUGCCUUGCACAGUCCAAGAGGCCUCCACUCUAGAGACCUUCACAAGCAGACUGAUGACUGUUACUCACGCUUUUCAUUAAUGUACCUCUAUUUCUCAUACGUCCUAGAGGAUGCUGGGGAUUCCAAAAGGACCA